CUUCUUCACUCACCUUUCCCCCCCUCCCCUCCUGCCCCUAGAUCGCGCCGGCGGAGUGUAGCAUCGCGAGGAACGAAGAGGGUUCGUUCUGGAUUUCUUCCUCGAGCCUUCCGCCAACUGCGGCCGCAGGAGCCCAGAGGCCCUUGAAGGAGGCGGGGUUUAAGCAAGCCGAGUGGGCGGGGGCUUCCGCCCAGGUUGGGUCCACAGUGACGUGGAGAAGCCAGGCGCGCUCCUAAGUUUGACAGGUAAACGCGAAGAAGAGAGAGAGAGACGGGCAGGUGGAUGCGGAUGUUGAGCCCGGGCCAGCCGCUUCCGGUGCUUUGGGACAAUUCAAAUUUCCCACAAGAAGCUACUAGUAAUUUAAAACAAUGUUUACAGACUUGGACUAUGACAUUGAGGAGGACAAGCUGGGAAUACCUACUGUUCCCGGGACAGUGACCUUGAAGAAGGACAAUCACAAUCUGGUUGGCAUCAGCAUAGGAGGAGGAGCUCAGUACUGUCCCUGCCUCUACAUUGUUCAGGUAUUUGACAAUACACCUGCUGGUGUAGAAGGCACUUUGGCUGCAGGUGAUGAAAUCACAGGUAUCAACGGAAAGUCAGUCAAAGGAAAAACCAAAGUAGAAGUCGCCCAGAUGAUACGAGCGGCCAAGGAGGAAGUAACAAUCCACUACAACAAGCUUCAGGCUGAUCCUAAGCAAGGAAAGACCUUAGAUAUUGUGCUGAAAAAAGUGAAGCAUCGCCUGGUGGAGAACAUGAGUUCAGGGACAGCAGAUGCCCUGGGGCUGAGCCGGGCCAUCCUCUGCAAUGAUGGUUUGGUGAAGAAAUUGGAAGAACUGGAGGGGACAGCAGAGCUUUACAAAGGCUUGAGAGAACAUACAAAGAGUCUCCUUAGAGCUUUCUUUGAACUAUCUCAGACUCACAGAGCGUUUGGUGAUGUUUUCUCAGUCAUUGGUGUUCGGGAGCCUCAGCCAGCUGCCAGUGAAGCAUUUGUGAAGUUUGCAGAAGCUCAUCGCAGUAUUGAGAAGUUUGGAAUCCUCCUUCUAAAAACCAUCAAACCGAUGUUGACAGAUUUGAACACUUACUUGAACAAAGCCAUUCCUGAUACAAGACUAACUAUCAAGAAGUAUUUGGAUGUCAAAUUUGAGUAUUUGUCUUACUGUCUCAAGGUGAAGGAGAUGGAUGACGAGGAGUACAGCUGCAUUGCACUUGGAGAACCUCUCUACCGUGUUAGCACUGGGAAUUAUGAGUACCGCUUAAUCCUUCGUUGCCGCCAGGAGGCACGUGCACGCUUUGCCAAAAUUAGGAAGGAUGUACUUGAAAAAAUGGAGUUGCUCGAUCAGAAACAUGUGCAAGACAUCGUGUUCCAACUCCAGCGUUUUGUUUCCACCCUUUCAAAGUACUAUGAUGACUGCUAUGCUGUCCUGAGGGGUGCAGAUGUCUUCCCCAUUGAAGUGGAUCUGGCUCAUACCACACUGAGUUAUGGGCAGAAGGAUGUAUACACGGAUGGAACAGAGGAGGAAGAGGAAACUGGUGGUGGUGGUGGUGGUGUGGAAUGCAAAAGGAAGGAGGAAGAGGUUGGUGAGAAACUCAUUGACGAUUCCUGAGCUCAUGGACUUGGCAAGGUAGAAGAAUCCCUGCCAGAGGCCGAUAAAUUCUAUUUCUCCA